GACUACCCGUAGAGGCAGCACGGCUACCAAUCGUUGCACUUCGCGAUAUUCAGUCUCAGUGUGCGGAUCGUCGUGACCGCUUGUCAUUUCCACGUUCACUCGUUCUUUAGAGCAGAUCUCUUUCCAGUUUCGUCUUGGGCGUUUUCUACGUGUGAACGCGCGAAAAAGAACAAUGUCGGCUAUAUAUAAGAAAUCGAUUCAAACGAUUGGCAAGUGCGUGCCCGAGAAGUUCCAGCCGCUGUGGAAUCAUCCAGCUGGUCCGCAGACUAUAUUCUUCUGGGCACCGGCUUUUAAAUGGGGGCUUGUGAUAGCUGGCCUCGGUGAUCUGCAGAGGCCAGCAAAUCAGCUAUCCGUUAGCCAAUCAUCCGCCUUGGCCGUUACGGGUGUAAUCUGGACUAGGUAUUCCUUAGCGAUCACACCGAAAAACUGGAGCCUUUUUAGCGUUAAUCUCUUCGUCGCGAUAACGUCUAUAUAUCAAAUUUCUAGAGCCAUAAAAUAUCAACGCGAACACGAAUCUUCGGCGCAAGCAGUAUCGACGGAGAGGAAAUAGUGACUUUAUUCGAGUAAUAUACAUUCCUAGGGAUACAAAUAUUAAAUAUAGACAACUAGAAUAUUAGGAAGAAACUCGCGAAGCGAGCAACUUUCAACCAUUACCUAAUAUCCGACAAAAAAAGAUUUCAGACUUAAAGCAGAAUGAAACAAGUUCAUAGUAUUUAUUUGAUUACCUCUCAAUGGUUUUGAAAGUUCCAAAUAGAUAAAUUGUAAAUAUUUAAAUUCAAGUAAACAUACAUCGCAUAGAAUAGAAACACAUCGAAUGUUGAACGAAAACAAUCAAGAAAACACCAAAAACAAACAAUCAUAGAAUACCAAAAAUAAGCAAUUGCAAAUCAGGAAUAGACAGUAUGAACAUCAAUGACGAAAAGAAAAUCGCGUAUCAAGAUUUAGGAAAUUCGGGACAUGAAAAAAAUAGAACACCAGUAAUCAGGAAAUUGUACAUCUUAGAUAGCUCAUUGACUCUUAGGGAUCGUGGAACACCGACAAUAGUACCCUAAUAUCUCGAAAGCUUUAAAAUAUUAAUAAUCA